AUGACCAUCUUGGCUCUUGAAUCUCUCUCAAAUUUGAACGGCAAAGUUGCUGUCUUGACUGGUGCAAGUCGUGGUAUUGGUAAAGCGGUGGCUGAUGCCCUUGUUGACAAUGGCUGUAAAGUCGUGAUUGGUGAUGUCUUGGUCGCAGAAGGCGAGAAGCUCGUUGCUGAUUAUAAUGCAUCGGCUGGCACGAAAGUAGCUGCUUUUAUCCGUACAGAUGUAACAAAGUACAGCGAUAACCAAGCUCUUUUCAAGCUGGCAGACGCUGAAUUUGGUGGCGUGGAUUAUGCUUUAUUGAACGCUGGUAUCGCUUCCAACUCCAAUUCUAUGUUUACUCCCAUGGAUGAUGCAGUAGAGGAGAGAAUGAUUGAUAUCAAUACAACGGCUGUGAUUAAAGGUACAAAGGUGGCUCUGUUACAUAUGGCAAAACGUGGAGGAGGAGCUAUUGUUCAUCUGGCUUCUGUUGCUGGAUUCUUCUCUUCCCCUGACCUUGCCAGUUACAAUGCCUCGAAGCAUGGUGUUGUUGGCUACACGCGUUCAUUUCAACUCAUGCCACACAUUUGUAACGUACGUGUCAAUGCUCUUUGUCCCUUCUGGGUUGAAACUGAUUUAAUUCCAUCACUCAAAAGCACUGAAAAAGAUGAAGAUCCCUAUCUCAAUGUGAUCAGGCACUCUCCUCGCACAUCCAUCAAAAUUGUAGUCGAUGGCUUCUUGACAUUGGUGUUGGAUCCAGCUAGAAAUACUGAAACAUUGAUGGCUCUUCCUGAGGGAUUGAAAGUGAUGAAGCCAUUGCUGCCGUUAGCCUCGUUCCAUAAUGAGAAAUCUGCAGAGGCACAAAAAGAAUACUUGACAGCUACUAUUCCAAUCAAGAAGGCAGAGCUCGCUGUAGCCAUUAAGCGAUAUGGCAUUUAA